UUCCCGUCGAUAAACGCGGGUAAAACGCAAUUCCGGUUUUCAGAAGGAGGGCAACAGCAUGGCGUCCAGCAGCGACAUGCCAAAUGCUAAUGGACUAGAGAACGGGGAACCGGUGGUUAAGCGGCCACGAGAAAACGUCACGCCGGAGUUUCCGUUCCGUUCUCCGAAAGAGCCUGCGAACAAAGUGACUGUGGUGCUCGGAGCUCAAUGGGGGGACGAGGGAAAAGGAAAAGUUGUGGAUCUGCUCGCAAUGGAUGCGGAUAUUGUGUGCAGGUGUCAGGGUGGCAACAAUGCAGGUCACACUGUGGUCGUUGACUCGGUGGAGUACGACUUCCACCUGCUGCCCAGUGGCGUCCUCAACAAGAAGGCUACCUCCUUUAUUGGCAAUGGAGUUGUCAUACACCUCCCAGGGCUGUUUGCAGAGGCACAAUCUAACCUGAAGAAAGGCAAAGGAUUGCAAGGAUGGGAAGAUAGACUCAAGAUUUCUGAUCGUGCACACAUUGUUUUCAACUUCCAUCAGGCUGUCGAUGGCAUUCAGGAGCAGCAGCGACAGCAGCAAGAAGGGAAAAAUUUGGGAACGACCAAAAAAGGUAUUGGCCCUGCCUACUCCUCCAAAGCUGCUCGGAAUGGCCUGCGUGUCUGUGACCUUGUCUCAGAUUUCAAAGUCUUUGAGGACAAGUUCCGCAUGUUAGCAGAGCAUUUCUUGACAAUGUAUCCAAACCUGAAUGUGGACAUUGAAGAUGAACUGGAGCAGUUAAAGGGAUAUGCAGAGCGACUUCGCCCUCUAGUGACAGAUGGUGUGUACUUUAUGCACAAAGCUCUUACUGGCCCCAGUAAGAAAAUCCUGGUGGAGGGGGCAAACGCCGCACUGCUGGAUAUUGACUUUGGCACAUAUCCUUUUGUGACGUCGUCUAACUGCACCGUCGGAGGAGUGUGCACUGGACUUGGCGUGCCGCCGUCACACGUUGGAAGAGUGUAUGGCGUCGUCAAGGCCUACACCACCCGAGUGGGCGUUGGCGCGUUCCCAACAGAGCAAGAUAAUGAGACAGGGGCACUUUUACAAUCGCGAGGUCGCGAGGUUGGCGUGACAACGGGUAGAAAGCGCCGCUGCGGAUGGCUGGACUUGAUUCUGGUCCGAUAUGCUCACAUGGUCAACGGCUUCUCCGCCAUCGCCCUGACCAAACUGGACAUUUUGGACACCCUGGCGGAGAUCAAAGUGGGCGUGGCCUAUAACGUCAACGGGGAACCUCUGCCAAGUUUCCCAGCAAACAUGGACGUUCUGACGCGUGUCACCGUGGAGUACAAGACCUUCCCCGGCUGGUGCCGCAGCACAGAGGCGGCCCGCAGUUUUAGCGAGCUGCCGGUGCAGGCGCAGAACUACAUUCACUUCAUUGAGGACUUUCUGCAAGUGCCAGUGAAGUGGGUUGGAGUGGGCAAGUCCAGGGAGAGCAUGAUCAAACUGUACUGAUCUGUGGACACAGUUGCUGUCUUCCAUAUUUGUGGCCAAGACGAUGUCGCUUUGCCAUCAUUUUAGAUGUUAACUCCCAUCAUAAUGGAAGUCUUUCACCAGCCAGGAUCCAAGUGAAACGUUUCUGUCUCGCAGCUAUCAAUACUGUAAUCCUUCACGAGUGAACUUAUACGUUCCAUCUGAUGUUUCUGUGUUUUCAGGGUGUCAAGUUUUAAAAGUGGGUCUUCCCACUCAUUCCUUCUCCUGGUGAUUAAACCCCUUUUUUUCCUUUUUUUUUUUUUUUUUUUAAAAAAGCAGUCUGCUUACCCUUUAACAAAUGUUCACACAUUUACUGGGUUGUUAGGAGUAUCAGACUUUUUUGUUUUUAACUGGGGCGCAUUAAUGGCAACAUGAAAACCUAUUAUGGAAUAUCUGAAAAGUUUUUCCGGGGCUAUUUUAAAUACAUUGAGGUUGUUUGUAACAGUGAUUGUUGGAGUGAAUAGUGUGAUUUUGGAAAUCAUCCUUAGUACAAAAAAUAUAUAUAACAAAUGAUGGUUUCAAAUAAAGCUUUCCAUGCCAUAAUUUUUGACAAGAAAAAAUGUUAAUGUAAAUGUAAAAACAAAGAAUGACUUAUAAUAGUUCAUCCAAAUAAGUUUCUUAUGCCAUUGUCAAUAAAUGGAAACUUUAAACUCUU